CUCGUGGAAGCCCCGAUAGGGGUGUGGGCGGUGUUGGGGUGUUGGAUAUUUCACUUAUAUAGGAUUGACAAACAAUAACAACUGCAGCCAUGUCAACCUGUCUAUGUCUUUUAACAGCUGUUGUCAAUAUUCUAGUGAUCAUCCCAGUGGUCACCCAAGCCAAGGAGAUGUUGAGCCUGGGUCUCAUCGAGACAAGACCAACCGGAGGAGCACAGGUGCAGCGCUUCUGUGUGACAUACUUUCCAAAGGUGUACAACCUCACACAAGAUAAAAGCAAGGUGUCAAGUCACCCAGUGGCUGAUCUGACCAGUUGGGAUGGCUGCGCCGAGCCGCCGCCAGCGCCGCUGCCGCCCAUGGACCAGCGCUGGGUCUUCCUCAACCAGUCGACGGCCGCCAACUGCUCGCUGGACAGCCGAGUCUCCCGGCUCCAGGGUCUGAACGCGGCUGGUAUCGUGAUCCAAGUGAACGAGUCUUACGGUUCGAUGGCGAAGAAUGCCAGCCCGUCGCCCAUGCCGGUCACGUUCAUCUCGUGGCGUCAUGUUGCCGCCAUCAUGGCCGCAACGCCGCCGACCGAGGCUAUCCAGUACGCCAUCCCCGAGGAGACGCUCUUCAACUACGGUCUCGUCAUCAUCUGGUUCAUCGCCAACCUGACCAUCACGCUGGGGGCGCUGUGGAGCGCCACUGUCAAAUACGAGCUGCACACGCAGGAGGAACAGGCGCGCCGCUCUGGCGCCGCCGCCGAGGUGGUGGCCGUGCGCUCCAGCGACGGCGAGAGCUCCUCCACGCCCGUCACCGUCGUCUCAGCCGUCUGCGCCAUCGCGCUGAUCGUCACCUUCCUGCUACUCUCCUACUUCUUCCCGCAGGUCAUGUACUACGUGGUGCUGGUGCUAUUCUUCAUCGGUUCCGUGUCCGGCCUGUACACCUGCCUGAACGCCAUCAACGCCCGGCUGCCCUGUAGCUGCGACCUCGGCCUCACGCCGGCCGUUUCGACCCGCUGCUGCUCGUGCCGGGUGCGGGUCUCCCAGGUGCUGCUGCUGGUCAUCUCGCUGACGGCCGGCAUCGUCUGGAUCGUCUUCAGAAAUAACGACGUCUGGGGCUGGGUGCUGCAGGACCUGCUGGGCGUGGCCUUCUCGCUGUCGUUGAUCCGGUCCUGCCGCCUGCCCAACCUGAGGAUCAUGACGUUCUUUGCCGUCGGCCUGCUCAUCUACGACAUCUUCUUCGUCUUCGUUACGCCGCUCUUUACCUCUGACGGCAAAAGCAUCAUGGUGGAGGUGGCCACCGGCGGCGGAGAGUACGUCCUGCCCAUGGUGCUCAAGGUGCCGUACAUCGUGCGCUCCGCCUACCCAGAGUGCCACCCGAGCCACUCGUUCUCGCUUCUGGGCUACGGCGACAUCAUUGUACCCGGCUUCAUCGUGGCGUACUGCGCCGCCAUCGACAAGAUCUACGGCAUGCGGCGGCACGUGUACUUCGUAACGGCGGCCGCCGGGUACGGCCUGGGUCUGGUGGUGACGUUCGGCGCUCUGUACGCCAUGGAGCGGGCGCAGCCGGCGCUGCUGUACCUGGUGCCGCUGACACUGCUGCCGGUCAUGGUGGUGGCCCUGGUGCGCCGACAGUUCCUGCUGCUCUGGCACGGCGUCAAAAAGACUGACGCGCCGCUGAUUGGUAACCGGCCCGACUACAGCACCGUCUCCAGAGGCGGCGAGGAGUGACGGCGACGGCGUCGGGCGGCGCCCCCGCCCGCGACCGACGGACGCCCGCCGCCGGCUGCCCGUCGGCCGGCGGCUCGGUCGCGGGCGUCCGGGAGGCGCCGCAGAGCUGGGCUUUGGGCUUUUAGACACAGGUCGCUUUUCGGGGUGAACGCGCCGUCUUUCGCGCGAUGCGUCGCGGCCUGACUGGCUGACUGAGGGGCUCGUCCCCGGUCUUCAUGUAGGUUGGUGGACCUGUUUUGAAUGGCUUUGUCCGCUGUUUUGCUCGUUGCACGUUUGCACGAACGUUUAUACAACGGUCUUAACUCAUCUCGUGAAAGACUGUCAGCACAUUGUUCUUGAGUCAUCCUGUGAAAGACUCCGUCAACAAAUCAUUCUUAACUCAUCCCGUGCAAGACUGCGUCAACACGUCGGCCAGUUCAUAGGGCUCUGUUCAACAAAGAUCACUCACGCCAAGAAAUCUGUGCUUGCUUCACAACUGAAGUACUUAACGUGUGUACUCCUGUAGUUCGUGAACGCCUAAGGUCGACUUGAUGUCAACCUAACGAUGUGUCAAUACUGAAUGUCGACACUGCUUGUGAUCGUAUCUUAUUCUCUGUGGGUUGAUGUGGGCUAUGUCGACACAGCGAUGUUCCUGUGGUAAGGGGCCGGCCUCCACCCACUCGGCAGCCGCCGUCGCCUCAAGGACCAGACGAGUACUUGGCAAUCUUUGUUUGCCACGUGAGUGGACAAACCCGAUGCUGCCGCCACGCAAUUCAUCCGUCUUGCUGCGAUCAAUUGGGAAGCAUGCUUCCGAUAGGUUGGUUCUCUCACCAAAGACUGUGGAGCCAUGAUGACAUUUCUCCCUUCUCCUUCGAGCAUGGUAUUGGACCGGAGCGUGAUAAGCGACAGACAUGGUGGCGAUCGGUAGGGUUUUUCAUACGUUUUAAUCGGAGAUACAAGGAAACCACGUUCCCUUAGUGCCUCCGUGGGAGACUCAUGCCAUCUUAACUUUGGGCCGAGGGGCCCAUGGACGUGAACAGCA